UCAAAUCCACUUGAAUCCAAAACCCUCAACGUCCACAUUUCAAAAUCCACAUUUUCAAAUCACAAACUCUUUCGUUCCUUUCUCUUCAAACUCUCUCUUCUUCUUCUUCUUCUUCUCUCGCAUCUUAAUCAUCAAAUCCACUUUCAUUUCAAACCCUAACCCUAACCAGCUUCUUCAACCAAUCACAGAUCGAAGAAGAUCAAACGCAGUUUUGAUUUCUUCGUCCAAAAAAUGGAACACACGGAAAUGAACGGUGGUAAGAAUGCAGAUUCAACACAAUGUGUUCGUGUUGCGGUGAAUAUUCGGCCUCUUAUUACCGCAGAGCUUCUUCAUGGAUGUACCAAUUGCAUCACCGUUCCUCCUGGUGAACCUCAGGUACAAAUUGGGACACAUGCGUUUACCUAUGAUUUUGUAUAUGGUGGCACCGGAUCGCCGUCGUCUGCGAUAUAUAAUGACUGUGUGGCUCCGCUGGUUGAUGCGUUGUUUCAUGGAUACAAUGCAACAGUUCUUGCUUAUGGGCAGACGGGAUCCGGCAAGACAUAUACAAUGGGCACUAAUUAUACUGGAGAAGAAAGUGCUGGUGGAAUUAUACCCAACGUGAUGAGGACCAUAUUCAAGAGGGUUCAGGAUUUGAAAGAAGAGUCUAAUGAGUUUUUGAUUCGUGUAUCUUUUAUUGAGAUUUUUAAGGAAGAGGUGUUUGAUCUGCUUGAUCCUAAUGCAUCUAAAGGAGAAUCCGUAUGUAAUGCAAAGUUUGCUGCCCCUGCUAGAGUUCCAAUACAGAUUAGGGAGACGUUAAGUGGGGGAAUAACCCUGGCUGGUGUGACAGAGCCUGAAGUCAAGACAAAAGAAGAAAUGUCGUCUUAUCUCUCUCGCGGUUCCAUGUCACGUGCCACUGGGAGUACAAACAUGAACAGUCAAUCAAGUCGUUCACAUGCAAUAUUCACCAUCACAAUGGAGCAAAAGAACGGCGAUGAUGUCUUAUGUGCGAAGCUACAUUUAGUUGAUCUUGCUGGUUCUGAACGAGCAAAACGAACUGGUGCGGAUGGAAUGCGACUGAAAGAAGGAAUUCAUAUCAACAAGGGACUACUGACUCUUGGAAAUGUAAUAAGUGCAUUGGGAGAUGAAAGAAGGCGAAAAGAAGGAGGCCAUGUACCGUAUCGAGAUAGCAAGUUAACACGCCUUUUGCAGGAUUCUCUUGGAGGGAACAGCAAAACGGUGAUGAUAGCAUGUGUUAGUCCUGCAGACACCAAUGCUGAAGAGACGUUAAAUACGUUAAAAUAUGCAAAUCGUGCGCGGAACAUACAGAACAAAGCAAUCAUUAAUCGCGAUCCAAUAGGCGCCCAACAACAAAGAUUGCAAAGUCGUAUUGACCAAUUGGAGGCUGAACUUCUGUGUUUUAAAGGUGUUGGUGGUGUACCGUUUGAAGAAAUUCAGAUCCUCAAACACAAGGUAUCCUUACUUGAAGCAAGCAAUGCACAGCUGCAACACGAGCUUCACGCCCGUGGACAAAUUUGUGAGAGUUUAAAAGAACGUGCUUGUGAUGCUCAGGUUGAAAAGGACCAACUGAUCAUGAAAAUAGAAGCACUUCGAAAUGGUAGAUCAUGGGAUGAGAUUGACUCCAACUCAAACCAGGAUUGUGACCUGGUGAAGUCUUAUGUUUCAAAGAUCCAUGAUUUGGAAGGCGAGUUGCUGCGUUUGAAAAAUCUGAAUGUGAAAUCAAGCAAUUUCGUUGACUGGGUUGAUUCAGAUGAUCUUGGACUCCAGUCAAAGACUGGUUUAUUCGGAGAUGGAAAUGAGUAUUCUUCUGACUGUGAUGUCAAACCUGUGGACAUAACAGAUGUGGAACCAGUGGAAAUUCAUGAAAAGGAGUUAGAACACUCUUCUGCACAACAAAAGUUGGACAGGGAGCUCAAGGAAUUGGACAAAAAACUUGAACAGAAGGAGGCUGAAAUGAAGCUGGUUAAUAAUGCUUCAGUUCUCAAGCAACAUUAUGAAAAGAAACUUAAUGAGUUGGAACAUGAGAAGAAAUUUUUGCAGAGAGAAAUUGAAGAACUCAAAUCCACCUCUGGAGAUAGCACUCACAAAUUAAAGGAAGAAUAUCUUCAAAAGUUGAAUGCACUUGAAUCACAGGUCUCUGAGCUGAAGAAGAAACAAGAUGCUCAGGCUCAUCUUUUGAGGCAAAAACAGAAAGGUGAUGAGGCUGCAAAGAGACUGCAGGAUGAGAUCCAAAGAAUUAAAUCUCAAAAGGUUCAAUUGCAACAUAAGAUUAAGCAGGAGUCUGAACAAUUUAGGUUAUGGAAAGCUUCACGUGAAAAGGAAGUUCUCCAGCUUAAAAAAGAAGGGAGGAAGAAUGAAUAUGAGAGGCAUAAGCUGUUAGCGUUGAAUCAGAGAACAAAGAUGGUGUUGCAAAGGAAGACAGAAGAAGCAUCCUUGGCUACAAAAAGGCUAAAAGAACUUUUGGAAUCUCGAAAGGCUUCCUCACGUGAAACUGGUAUCAGUGGGAAUGGUCCAGGAAUUCAGGCUUUGAUGCAGACAAUAGAGCACGAACUUGAAGUCACUGUCCGAGUACAUGAAGUACGUUCGGAGUAUCAACGUCAAAUGGAAGUGAGGGCUGAAAUGGCUAAGGAGAGUGCCAGGUUGAAAGAAGAAGCAGAGAUGAUGAAGCUAAACAAUACAAGCAGUGAUGUAUCAAUGUCUCCGGCUGCAAGAAGUUCAAGGAUUUUUGCCCUUGAAAAUAUGCUUGCCACUUCUUCUACAACACUAGUGUCUAUGGCAUCUCAGUUAUCAGAGGCAGAAGAGCGGGAACGGGUUUUCAGUGGCAAGGGACGCUGGAAUCAAGUCCGGUCCCUCGCUGAUGCCAAAAAUUUAAUGAACUUUUUGUUCAAUCUAGCUUCUUCCUCUAGGUGUUCUUUGCGAGAAAAAGAAUUUAUCUGCAGAGAUAAGGACAUGGAAAUAUUUGAUCUAAAGCAAAAAAUAGUUAGUCUAAUACGUUCACUUGAACAGUUGAAAAGGCAGAGAGAUGGACUUGAUCAUCAAUUGAAGUUGAUGAGGUCAGAAUCCAUGCGAGAUUCAGGAUAUUAUGUUGGAGGACAUCCUUAUGACUUACGGAAGCUGGAAAAUCGGCGAUCUACCAUUUUAUUCGAGGAUAUGGAAAUAUCAGAUGCUGAAUCAGAUGAGUAUGGUGUAGAUGCAACUGAUGAUGAAUGGGUAAUGUCUGCAAAAUUGCACGGCAGGAAAAGAAAAUCUAAAGGCGGCGAACAUUCAAACUUGGAAAAAAAUCAUUCAAAUACAAGUUCAGAUGAUGCCAAAACUAUUUCAACAGAAGCACCAGAUGGACCACCUGUAAAAACUGCAUCAGAUGUUUGCUGCUCUUGUAGCAAAUCCUCUUCUUGCAAAACAUCGAAAUGCGCUUGCAGAGCUAUGGGAAUUGGUUGUGGAAGUUCAUGCGGUUGCCGGGAAACAAAGUGUGCAAACAGAGAAGGAGGGACUGUAAAUGAUCCCGGUAGCGACGAAGCAGAUAAAAACCGCCUUCUAGCAACUCAAGGUGCUGAGUUGCUUCAGGGUGCAUUGGUUGGGCCUGCUGAAGCUAACACUGAUCAUGGGCCAAGAAAAGCUCUCUCUGACAUUGGAAAUACACUGACUAAAUCAAAUGCCAUGAAGGGUAACCAGAGAAAGAAAUGGCGGAAAUCCUCAAUAGUUCUUGUUACAGAACCGCCUCCAUCUUCAUCACAGCCAGGUAAUUCAGAUGCCCCCAAGAAAGAGAAGAAUAACAAUAGUGAAGCAAAUAUAUAUGAGGAUAUACCACAGAAAACGCAUCCUCCUAAAUUUGAAAAUGCUUCACUUCCCCCAAAGCCAGAGAUUAAUUAUAUUGACACAAAAAUCCCUUUGAAAAUACCACGGGCCAUGCAAAAGCAAGGGUUUUCAAAUACUAUCCUUCCAUUGGGAGACAAGAAUGCUAAUAAGCAAGAUGAGUCAAUAAAAAAGGAGCCUGAAGUUGAUGCUACAAUUCCAAUUCGUCCAAAAAGAACACUUGAGAAAGAGAACAAUGGGCUUUGAAUUAAUUGUACUCAAGAUUUUAUGACGGUUGCCGUUGCCAUAUUCUUAUGGUGAAUCUAUUGAAGAGACUUGUUUGGGUGACUAGAAGUUUGUAUAUCAAUUCAACUGUUUUGGUUGUAUUUUGAAGUCCCUGGUAAUAAUUAUAAGUCCAAGUAGUGAAGUUGAAUGGUCAAGAUGAGAAAAUUUGAAUUCUUCUCAUAGUCGGUAGAAUUAGUUGAGAAUGAAAGACCUAUGCAAUUGAUAGGCUACUAUUUUCUUUAUUAUGUGAUUGUCACGGCCUAGAGAUCAACGUGAGUUGAAUUCGUACAUAUGUAUGUGCAUCCAUUUAAUUGCUCUGAUUAUACUAUGUUUCUAAUUUUUAAGUAUUUGCACUACAUUAUUAAAUCAA